AUGGCCAGCCUCAUGGUACGCAACGAUCCGCUUCUCGUCCGGAGACAACAGCUUGCUCUUCUUCUCCAGACCGGCAAUCACACGCUCAAUGGCCUGUUCAAAGUCGUGAACGUCCACAAACGCCUCGCCGUGACGCGCAGCAAUCAGCGCAGCCUCGUUACAGCAGUUGGCGAUGUCUGCUCCGGAAAAUCCAGGCGUCAUCGUGGCCAGUCGUCCCUUCAGAUCCUCAAGAUCAACAUCGUCCUUCAGCUUCAGACUGCGCAGAUGAACAGCAAAGAUCUCCUUACGGCCAGAAAGCUCCGGGUUGUCCAAGUAGACCUUUCUGUCGAAUCUUCCUGGUCUCAACAAAGCAGAGUCCAAAACGUCUGCUCUGUUUGUACCGGCCAGAACAACAACGUAGUCAGACGUGGAAAAUCCAUCCAUCUCGACCAACAGCUGGUUCAACGUGUUUUCUCUCUCGUCGUUGCUACCGGCAGCACGGCCCUUGGAACGCGACUUUCCAAUGGCGUCGAUCUCGUCCACGAAAAUGAUAGAAGGUGCGUUUUCUCUUGCAGUCUUGAACAGCUCCCGAACUCUGGAAGCACCAACACCAACAAACAUCUCCACAAACUCCGAGCCAGAAACACUGUAGAACGGAACACCGGCCUCUCCAGCAGUCGCCUUGGCCAGCAUCGUCUUACCAGUUCCUGGGGGACCGGUCAGAAUGGCUCCUCUUGGGAUCUUGGCUCCCAAACGCUCGUACUUCUCUGGGCUCUUCAAAAACUUGACAAACUCCAUGAUCUCCUCCUUGGCCUCGUCGCAUCCAGCCACGUCGUCGAAUUUGAUCUUGACGCUCUUUUCCGCAUUGAAUCUCUUGAACUGCUUGGCGUUGUUGCCAAACAGUCCGUUUCCAAGUCCUUGAGAACUACUCAGCAGCUUUCUCGACGACCAAAUAAUGAAUCCAAACAACAACAGCGUUGGCAAGAUGUUGUAGAAUGCUUUGAAAAACGAAGCGUUCUGAACAUACAUCACAGGAAGUCUCAAAUCCUCAGGAACGUUGUUUUCUUCCUGUGCAUGUUUCAACUUCUCCUCAAAAUUCUGCACAGAACCAAUUGUGAAGUAGUACUCGGUUCUCGAAUCAUGAACAGGCUGGUUCUUCCCCAACUCGUUCAUGAUCACACGAACAAGGUUGUUGUUCACCACAAUCAGUUUCUCAACAUACCCCUUGUCCAACAACGAGGUGCGGAAAUCCUGCCACGUGAUCUCUCUCUCGUUGGACUCGAGUGA